AUGGUCUCCAACUCUAGGAGGUCCGCGUCCCCGCUCUCAGUUGCCUUACUUAGAUUCAUCAGAGCCCUUAUCAUGAUUGAAGCGCGCAUUCCUCGCUGUGCACCAUCAUCGCUCAAUAACCUUCCUAGCAAACAUACCGCGAACUCUAUCUCUCCACGAAACCUCCAUCACCAACAUCACAUCGAACACAGAACACUGCGGCGAAACUCCACCUGCCGCCCAAGGCACUCAACAAACAUAGAUAAAAAAGCAGGAAUGACGACGCCGGCGCACCACGGCAGCUCAUUCGCCCCUGCACCUGGGGUAUCUCGCCAUUCCCAGUCUUCUCAUUCGUCGACUGCUUCCUCCAAGAGUCACUCCGGUUUCCAAUCCUCUUCUUCCAUGCAAGCAAGCCAGGCCAAGGGACUCCCGCCUACUCCCACUACAACAACACCACCAACGUCGUUUCCCACAGUCAACGGCAACCGUAGAGUAUGGGUGUGUCGUCCAGGAGCGACUCCCACCACGGUGUUGGUUCCUGCAGAACUCAUUGUCGACGACCUGAAGAGCGUGGUGCUAGCUAAGUUCCCAACAUCACUGCAGCGGACAACCGACCCUGCUGAUCUAGCUAUCCGUCUGCCGCAGUCAGCUCAACCACCCCCAUCGCGACUGUCGAAUUCUCAUCUAGCGCCACCUGCGUCCCCGGCACUGGCAGCAGCAGCAGCAGCAACGGAAGAGUAUCGCUCGGCGACAUCACCACACCUCACAUCUUUCACACAGGCGCUGCGUAAGAAACAGCCUGCCAAACCUAGUCCUUUGACUAUUAAGACACCGUCCCAGUCAGCAUCAACAGCUGCAGUGCCUCAGCCGCACCCUCUCGGUGACCCAUUAUCACCUGAUAUCAAUGUGUGGCAGCUCUUGGAUACACAUUUCCCGCACGGAAUGCGCAUGGAUGAUGCCCUCAUAAUCGACGGAGAAACGGUCGAGGCGGCGCAGCCCGUUCAUGCUCCCUUGCACCACCAUGCUGCCUCACCUCACCCCCAUCACCAGCCAUCGCACAUUGUGAAGCAGGUCAUCACUCCGCAUGCCAUCCCUCAGCAGCCUCAUCUGCAGACCCCUGGCCAAGAUGCAUUCCCGGGACCCCCUUCAGCCACAGACGAGGAAACCAUAUACGACGAGGACACAAAGCCAGCACGGAAGCGUCGCGACAUUGGUUCUGCUGGUUCGUCGCAACACUCGGUGGCAGGCGCUGCGGGUGCUUCGUCUGGUUCCCCGUCCCAGUCACCCGCAGCCGCAGGUACGGCUCAAGGUGGUGUUCUUUUGCUCCCCCGACAGUUCCGAGGUGGCACCCGAAACAGUGACAAGGAGCCCAGUGCAGCGCGUAAGAAGGGCUCUUCGCCUGCACCCGACGACAAGCGAAGACAGGCGCCACCUCAACCACAACACCAGCAGCAGUCACAACAGCAACCACCGCAACAGCCAGCAGCCCAGCCACCGCAGCCCAAGCCGGUGCCUCAACAGGCAGUUGCUGCGUCACAAGCACACCAAUCAAAGCAACCCGCCCAACAGGCAGCAUCUGACCCCCCACCCAAACCCACAAUCAGCAUCACAGCUCGACCCAAUGGAGCUACCAUCACCGAGUCGCCCAGCAAUACCAAUCUGCAUAUGCUGGGUAAGCAAAAGAAGGAAGAGCCCACUGUACCAGCACCACCAACACCUGCAACAGCAACGGCGGCAACUGUGGCCGGACCCACUGGUAAGACGCUUCGCAAGGAGGAUACCAAGGUACCCGCACCACAAAAGACACCUCAACCAGGUGUUCAGGCCCAGGCGAAACCCGAACUGAGACGCACUCGAACACCACUUUCAGCCAAGGUUCAAAAGGGGCCCACAACAAUGGAGACUAUCGUUCCCCGUGUUAAUGUCCUGAUUGUCGAAGACAACGAGAUUAACCAGAAGAUUUUGGAAGCAUUCAUGCGUAAGCGAAAGAUUCGGUCGUCUGUGGCCAAGAACGGUCGCGAAGCUCUGGAAAAGUGGAGACAGGGAGGAUAUCAUUUGAUUCUCAUGGAUAUUCAGCUUCCUGUCAUGAGUGGUAUUCUGGUGACCAAGGAGAUUCGUCGAUUGGAGCACCAGAACAAGAUCGGUGUUUUCAGCGGUGGUGCUGGAGCUGGGCAAUCCACGAUGGCGCCCGUGGACCCCGAAGAUGUCCUCGACAGCAACCUGUUCCGUUCUCCUGUCAUCAUUGUGGCACUUACCGCUUCGAGCCUGAAGGAGGACAAGUCUGAAGCUCUCGCAGCCGGCUGCAAUGAUUUCUUGACAAAGCCCGUCAACAUGGUUUGGCUGGAGCGAAAGAUCAUGGAAUGGGGCUGCAUGCAAGCACUGAUUGAUUUCGAGGGCUGGAAAAUGUGGAGAGGCCGUGACUUUGAUGGAGCGCAUGCACCUGCGAUUGGCCGAGCCCUUGCCAACACUCAUCUCACUCAGCCAGUUUCUGCGACCAGAUCAAGAUCGAGGAGCAACUCGAGGCUCGUCCGACAAAACUCUACUGGCACAGGUUCUCGAAGCAAGCUAUCCAUGACACCAGUUGCGUCGCCUUCUACAGCGGCACCACCAUCUUCGUCUGUUUCAGCUCCACCUGCUGUUACAGCAGCAACGCAUUCUCCCGCUGUCCCUAGCAAGAACGGAGAGCGACCUCCUGUGAGUAACAAACCAGCACCGGAACAAUUCCGUUUGGAUCCUCCAAAGGUGGAGGUUCCCGCAAAGUAG